AUGGGACUCCUCAGCAAGUCAGGAUCCAAGAAGCCGUACUUCGGCCUGAGAGGGGGAUGGCUGACUUUCUGGAUCACGGUUGCCUGCGGCACAGACAUGACAUUGUUUGGUUAUGAUCAGGGUGUCUUUGGCGGCGUUAUUGUCACUCCAGAUUUCUUGCAAAUUCACAAUCUUGAGGGUCCUACCAAGACGGCCACGUUGGGAACUGUUGUUGCAAUCUACGAUGUUGGGUGCUUCCUUGGUGCUGUCUUUGCAGCAUGGUACGGCGAAAAGAUAGGUCGCAAGAAGGCGGUACUUUUGGGAACGAUUGUUAUGUCCAUCGGAGCAAUUCUGCAGAUCACAAGCUACUCGCUAGGGCAGAUGUUCGUCGGAAGAGUCGUAGCUGGCAUCGGCAAUGGCAUCAACACGGCAACAGCACCUGUCUGGCAAACGGAGACAAGCCAGCUGAAGUGGCGUGGCAAGCUCGUUGUCAUUGAAUUGAUUCUCAACAUCGCUGGAUUCAGCCUGAGCAAUUGGGUAACAUACGGGUUCUCCUUCGUUGGGGGCGGCGUUGCGUGGCGUCUGCCCCUGGCGUUCCAAUUCAUCUUCAUCGUCAUUCUAUUCGCAACAGUACCUUGGCUACCUGAGUCACCAAGGUGGCUGAUUGCUCACGAGCACGAGGACGAGGCAUUCACCAUACUUGCCGAUCUUGAAGACAAAUCCGAAGACGAUCCAUUCAUCGUUACUCAGCACAAGGAAAUCGUCUAUACUUGCCAGUACGAGAAAGCCAAUGCUGUACCAUGGUCCCAGCUCCUUCGCGGCAAGACUCCCGAGGGUAAAGGCGGCACGAAGACCAUGCGUCGACUGUUGCUGGGAUGCGGUACUCAAUUCAUUCAACAGAUGGCUGGCAUAAACGUUACGUCGUAUUAUCUUCCGACUGUGCUCAUCCAGAGUGUAGGCCUUACAGAGAAGAUGGCCAGGCUGCUCGCCGCCUGCAAUUCGGUUUCAUAUCUGUUGUUCUCCUUGAUCGGUAUCCCGAACGUCGAGAAAUGGGGACGGCGGAAGAUGUUGAUGUUCGCGGCCGCAGGUCAGGCUUUCUGCUAUACAAUCAUCACUGCCCUGCUUCGCUACAGCGAGAAAGAGGGCUACGAUGGACAAAAGCAGGUGGCGUCGGCAUCUGUGGCGUUCUUCUUCCUCUACUAUGUCUUCUUCGGCAUCGGAAUGCAGGGCGUGCCCUGGCUCUAUCCCACGGAGAUCAACUCACUCAGCAUGAGGACAAAAGGUGCUGCUGCAGGAACAGCGACAAACUGGAUCUUCAAUUUUCUCGUCGUCGAAAUCACACCUUAUGGCAUCCAGUCUCUUCACUGGAAGUUUUACAUCAUUUGGUUGGUGUUCAAUGCUUCCUUCGUUCCUAUGGUAUACUUCUUGUACCCAGAAACAGCAGGACGAAGCCUCGAAGAUAUUGAAGACUACUACCGACACGAUCCGCCUCUCCUGGUGUGGCGCGACAAGGAAGCGACACGUACUGGAAGGCCAGAGAAAUACUCGCAGAAGGAGGAAGAAGAGAUGAGGCGAAACAGCAGUGCUGAUCUAGGAGCCCUCAGACGAGGCUCAAGAAUUAGCAACCAGUGGGUGUCGAGGGAGGGUGCGCGUGCGAACAGUGACUACGACGGCAAGACUGAGCAUGGCGAGAUGGAAGAGGAGAGGAAGGAGAUAUGA